AUGGCUGAAGAUCUGCCGGUACUUCCCCGCCUGUCACCGGCCCUUGAUCUGGUCAUGUCACGGCCCAUCGACGCAGCACACUCUGAGUACAACGGUCUUGGCAACUUGAUGCACUUUCUCCUUCGGGAUGGCAUUCUUACAAAGUCAGCGCGCUCGGAAUAUGCUAUACAGCUCCAGACUUGGCCUUACCCACCGGGUUGGCCACGUUUACAGUCACCGGUUCACCAUUUAUCAAGCUACAAGAUGUCUCACCACGCGCGAUGGAUCGUCAUUAUCCCAGCCUUGCUCCUAAACUGGUUAAAGAGGGAGCACAUUCGGCCAAGGUUCUGGGACCAAGCUAAGAACCACGAGAAAGAUUCGAUUGAGUUGAUCAUCGAGACUACUGCUGCGAUUGCAAAGAGCACUACCGUUCUGAUGGGGACUCGUGUGUCGCGUCGGGACCGUUACCUCAAGGGCAACAUCAUUUACCGGGCUCGCUACCUUUUCAACCAGCUCUGUUUACUUGCAGCUGUGACCUCAACCGGGUCGUCUGGUGCGUCACACGCAGGGACGCCGGGAGUCCAAGUUAUCGAUGAGUCAGUUCUCCAAGACGGUGUCGUUGAUGAUUCUGGCCGGGCAUUACAGUACCAGAACGACACAUUGCGCCCAAAUAUUCAUGUCGCCGUUCAUUUCCCAGAAUUCGCGGAGGAGUACGCUUUACCUGUCAACUGUAACACACUCACAGGCGAAAACUUACACCGAUACUUCAAGACCCGUGUCUACGAAACAAAUUACUCCAACGUGGAGAAGAUCCUGCUGAUGAAAGUCAAUUUCCAAGAGACGAUGCGCCUGCUCCUCCAGAACGCUUUUCAGCAUGACGACCCGGAACUCACCAGCGAGAUGCUUGCACUUUACCAGCAGUGCCCGACCCUUUUCAAUACAGUACUAUCUCGAACGGACCGAAAUGAGAUGGAUGCCCUGCUCGAUGACGAAGACCACGAGAUGGAAAUCGACCAGUCCGCAGACAGCAAUCAUCUCAGACCGGCUGCGAUCAAUCAUCAGAUCAGACGUGCCCUCGCCCGAGAAUUUCUAUCGAAGAGGCGGGACUACAGGUGCGUCUCGCCCCCGCCGAGUUCCAGAAUCGAUCUGGUCGGCGCCACAACAAGGUGCAAGGGUCUAACAUUGGCGACGCCGACGAAAGCGACCGUCCUUGGCAACUACGUCUACAUCGAUGGAGGAGAAGUUUCCCAGAUGAUCGAUGGCCUUGAGCCGGAUGCCCAGCAAAUCGUGGCCAAUCGAUUAAACACGACAAUAUAUAUCGACCUCUCCAAGUCAUGGACCACGUCUGAUGUACGCAUGCAACAGAUCGCCAAGCCGUGGACGGGGAAACGCUUCAUGACGAUUUGGACAGAUCUCGAAGGGGGCCACUACUAUCUCUGGGGCGGCGAAUGGAUAUCUGGCGAGAGGACAGGGACGGGUGAUGACACUCUGUGGAAAUUCACACCCGAUGCUACAAAUGGCGGAAGCUGGGCUGCCGCGGUUCCGGAAAACCCAGGCCUAUUUCAACAACUCGCCGUGACCAAGCUGGGUGCCUUUGCGAGCACCAACAAGACGGGCUUUGUAAUCGGGGGACUAGUGUCGGCGCGGACAGACCGCACCCAGGUGCCCCGCUACCAGCAGGCUGUACCGGGGAUGGUGGCUUUCGACAUGAAGACGCGGGUCUGGGAGGACGGAAAUUCGGGGUUCAGCCCCAUCGAUGGCACUCUGGUGGGAGCUUCGGCCCAAUGGGUCCCAAACAUUGGGCCUCAUGGGUUGAUCAUGGUAUUUGGGGGAGUUGCCCCCGUACCUAUACGGGAAACAAACUUCGCCGACGCACCCCCGUUCGAUUUUCGCAACUUGACCUUCUUCGACCCCGAGACAAAACAGGCGUAUUGGCAGAUCGCUACGGGCAGCAUCCCUCCCAGUCCCCGGUCUAAAUUCUGUGUCACCGGCUUCCAAAAUGCUGAUGGAGGUUACGAAAUGACUCUUACGACGCGAAUGCCGCGGCCUAUCAACGGGCUCCCGAUAUCGAGGCGUGAACGAAGGUCUCUCGCCAGCGUCGAGUGGUCAUCGGAUCAAGUACGGCGGCUCUUCACCACCGACAACCCAACAGACACGACAUCAUCAUCACCAUCACCGUCGUCAUCGGAUUCGCAGAGCGGCCCGGGUGACUCGGCCACCGUACCCGACUCCCAGAAUACCGUCCCCGUCGGGGCAAUUGCCGGAGGAGUUGUCGGAGGCGUCGCCGGGCUAGCCCUUCUUGCUGCUGCGGCUUGGUUUUUUAUGCGUCGGCGCAAAAACAAGGCUUCUGAGGCUGCUAGUUAUUAUUCUCCUGGAACCCAUGCUCCCGAGUUUGUAACCCCAGGCAUCGACCCGCAGAAAUGGCACAACAGGGGCGCGGAGCUUGAAGGAAGUUGGGUGGACCGACCAGAGCUCGCAGCUGACCGCGUAUUCGUUGAGCUGCCAAAUGGGCGACGGUAG